AUGCCCACAGACGGAUCCCUUCUUCCCUUCCAUGUCGAGCACCUCCAGCCGAACAGUGCUCGCGAUGCAACAACGUCUGGUUAUGACCCAUUUGAAUCUCUUAAAGAGACUCCCGUCGAAACAACAGAGCUCGGUGACGUUCCUUUUCAAUCGGUCCUCAUUGCCAACGCUUCACCUGAUAUGACCUCCCAUGAACUCCGCGCUUCUGCUGUAAAGCAUGUCAUUGACAAGAACGAGGGAUUCUACGGCAUUCCUCAUGACGUUGGGCUUGUGAACGACAUCAAGAAUUCCGCCUUGUUCCCUAUGCUGUUUCCCAGCCUUUUCCCCUUCGGAUUUGGCGCUCCAGAAGCAAAGAAAAACGCGUUCCCAGUAUCCUUCGAAAGCCACAUUCGCCACCUGCUAUGCAUCCGCGAGCGACGAUUCCAGGAGCAUCACUCCUUCAUGUUCACGGCUUUCAACAUCAUUCAAAGGAGAAAGGUGCUAUUGUCAAUUGCACUCCGCACAAGGCGAUCCUCUUUCGAUGACGUUGCUUCCACCUUUGCCGGUGUGUCAUCCCUCGCUGUAAGCGAAGUGCUGGAUAAAAUUGUGACGUCUCUUUCCACAAACUCGUAUCCCGUUCCUGACACUCAUGCCCAAUCGCAGGCUCUAAAUCUCAACAAGCAGGUGAAUGUCAUCUUUCGAGAUGUUCCUGGAUCAAGCGGUAGUCGUGUUACCAUGAGGAACGAGAUCCGCAGUAUGUUUGCCACUGAACUUGGUCUUCCCUCCUUAUAUGUUACCGUAAAUCCUCCCGACGUUUUCAAUCCACUGGUUGCCGUGCUAGGGGGAUCUGACAUAGAUAUUGAUAAUCUCCCCGAUAAUUUGGUUCCGACUUAUUGGGAUUUGGCUAAGCUCGUAUCCCAGAAUCCGGUCGUUGCAGCAAAGUUUUUUCACAUUUACAUCAAUGCAUUUAUUACGGAGCUUCUGGCGUGGGAUGAGGAUGCUAGAACAGAUCCUACGAAACGACGAAUUGGUGCUCUUGGAUACACAAAGGGCUUAUAUGGGUGUGUGGAGGCGCAAGGUAGAGGGACGCUUCACGCUCAUUUUGUCAUCUGGAUUGAAGGUUCACUGAAUCCGAAUGAACUCAAGGCCAAACUGUUACAUGAGGCCAAUGCCCUCUUCCGCGACAAGUUAGCGGAGUACCUCGACGACAUAAUUGUGAACUCCAUCCCCAAAAUCCCGCCCGGUGCGACAACAACAACUGUUCAAUCGGAUCGCUUCAAGCCUUCGUCGGUUCGGGGCUAUGACCCUCUGCUGGAUGAUGAACAGUCCUGUCUGAAAAGAUCUAAAGACUUCCGUAAUUUGGUUAUUGAUUGCCAAGUCCACGAGCAUACCCCGACAUGCUACAAGUAUUGGAGAGGUCCACCGGCUCCAAAAGAGUGUCGUUUCAAUCUAGGCGCUGAGGCGCUGAUUAUGUUGGUGUACAGUUUUGUUGUUUCGCUUUUACCUGCCUCGCCGAGUGUUACUAUGGGUGCUAAGCCUGGCCUCCUUGUUCACUGUCGACGAUGUCGUAUCGGAAAACAGAAACGUGUGGAUCGACGCGACAAUGGAGGCAGACAGAAGGGUGGCCGCGCUGCUCAAUAA